AUGCGGACACGCAUGUGCUUUGAUGACGUUGCAUGGGAGCAAAGUGACGCUAUCUCGGAUGCUUGGGUGGCAGACCUGUUCAAGACGGAUACUUUGAGAGCAAUCGGCGAUUUUAUCGUGAAGCAUCGAAAAGGAGUCCCUACCGAGUUGUGUGACCCCAAGGCAGGUGCGUUUAAUGUAUCCUUUCGGAUGAAAUUCGAGGAUGGUGGUUCGGCAAUGAUCCGCUUUCCCAAGCCUGGAGCUACUAUGUUUCCCGAAGAGAAGGUUCGGAACGAAGUCGCUAUCAUCAGGUACAUCCAGGACCAUACAUCGAUCCCUGUACCAUUCAUUCUGCACUGGGGAACAAAGGAAGAAAGUCCUCUCGGUUUGGGCCCAUUUAUUAUCAUGGAAUAUAUCGACCACGCCAUGGAUUUGGGUGCAGCGCUAAAUACGCCAACGCUCAAUAUUGAAGAUCGUCCAAUCCUUGAUCCGUAUAUCAAUACAGAUAAGCUUGAAAUGUUAUACGGACAGCUUGCGGAUAUCUUGCUUCAGCUGUCAAGAUUAUCAUUGCCUCAGAUAGGAUCUCUUACCCAGAUUGACGAUUCCACAUGGGAAUUGACAGCUCGGCCCCUAUCAAUCAAUAUGAAUGAACUAGUCCGUCUGGGGACUUUACCACGGUCGAAACUGCCAACCACCACCUUCAAAACAACGCCGUCUUAUUUUAGAGCGCUCUCGGAAUUACAUAUUGAACAUUUGAAUCAUCAACGAAAUGAUGCAGUCGAAUCUGCGAGUGACUGUCAGCGGAAAUUCAUCGCCAGACAGCUCUUCAGUAAGCUCGCCAGAGAAGGCCGACUUACUUCCUUUUCUGCAAGUGAUUGCGGACCCUUUAAGAUAUGGUGUGAUGACCUUCGACCCUCCAAUGUGCUGGUCAAUGCAAACUUGCAGAUUGUUGGGGUCGUGGACUGGGAAUUUACAUACGCAGCACCAGUUGAGUUCUCCUACGCGCCACCAUGGUGGCUGCUUCUCGAGCAGCCGGAAUACUGGCCGGACGGGAUUGAGGCUUGGACGAAGGCCUUUGAAAUUCGUCUACAUACGUUCCUAAAAGUGCUCCUCGAGCGUGAAGAAGCAGCUAUUAAGCAGGGCAAGUUAAAGGAGGACCAAAGACUUUCUGGUCCAAUGCAACAGAGCUGGGCAAAUGGCGACUUUUGGGUCGCAUAUGCAGCGAGAAAAAAUUUCGCCUUUGAUGCCAUCUUCUGGCAGAAACUUGAUCAUCGGUUCUUCGGGCCAUGCGCAGUUGCAGCAGAAGAUAGGUGGGAAAAGAGGAUUGACCUGCUUAACGAAGAGGAAAGAAAGUUUAUGGAAGAGUUUGUGAACCGGAAACUUCAAGAGAUGAAAACCAGGGUCUUGGCAUGGGAACCGGAUGAGGUGUGCAAGCAUUAG